GUCAAGGCUGCGACAAAGCGUUGUGCCUUCCGGCCAGUCGCUUUCUCUGGAACAGCGCCUGGUGCUGUCAGUUGAUUUAACAGGUUCACGGCCACACCCACCUGGGAAGAUCGGAGAAGACCCUCCCUCGUGUGGAAGAGUACGCCCUCUACCGGCCAGGUAAUGUUACCUGUUGCUUUCUCGGAUGAACUAAGGAAUAUCGACAGAUUUUCCGGGAAGAGGAAAGGGGCAGCACGUGCUAUCUUUUAGUCUGAGUCUGACUCAGCUUUCAAUCACCCAAAGUUCUAGUUAUGAACCUUCACAUCUGACGAGCAGCAACGCUAUGGAAACAUGUGUUCUGAUUCCGUCCGAACUUAGUCUGGUGCUGAUAUCAUCUUCAGACAGCAAGAUCAGUCAUCCGUGUGAAACGGGAGUGUGUGUAUGGAGUAACCAGAAGAUUUCUCGUGGAAGGAGAUUUUUACCUUUUCAAGGAACCCUCAGAUUAGACAACUUAGAAGUGUACAGCUACUUGCAAGACAGUGACGUACGCCAUAACUUUGGUUGCUUUGAUGAAGUUCAACAGAUUGACGCCCGCAGCGUGCGCCACUGCAACUGGGUUAGAUUUCUGCGGAUUUCCCCGAUCUUUUGCCCUGAAGUCAACCUUAUCGGAUCUUUGGUCAAAGGCGAACCCGUUUAUGAGGUUAUCCGCAAUGUUGCAGCAAACACGGAAUUGGUAGCUUACUACGAAGUGCUAAAGGAGGAUCGUGAGAGCCCACAUUUUCUUCUUGGAGCUCGAAGACUGACUGGAACUCAUUACAGACACACGAUCGACUUACUUUUAGAAGAAUCUCCGCUAGAUCUGUCAAAAUCCUUGCUGUUCUCAAGAGCUCCGAUACUAUGUCACGGAAAUAAGGACCACCAAACUCUAAACACGAUACGUUUCGAGACAGACAAGCGACGCUCUGUAUCCAAUGGUUGGUUUUCCACGAGCGAUGAGUCUGCAGGAGUUGAGGCCCGCCAGGUGGCAGCGAAGAAGGCCCGCGAGCGAUCUCUCCUGCCUUGUGAAGUAUGCGGCAAAGCCUUCGAUCGACCUUCCCUCCUCAGAAGACACAUGCGGACACACACAGGUGAAAAACCCCAUAUUUGUGACGUAUGUGGGAAAGGUUUCAGUACUUCCAGCUCUCUCAAUACUCACCGCAGGAUCCACUCUGGCGAGAAACCCCACCAAUGUCACGUCUGUGGUAAACGGUUUACUGCUAGUUCUAACCUUUACUACCACAGGAUGACCCACAGUAAGGAGAAGCCACACAAGUGUACAAUAUGUGCCAAAUCCUUUCCUACACCUGGUGACCUGAAGAGCCAUAUGUACGUCCAUAACGGUUCGUGGCCUUUCAAGUGUCAUACUUGCAACCGAGGCUUUAGCAAGCAGACCAACCUAAAGAACCAUCUCUUCCUACACACAGGUGAUAAGCCUCACGUGUGCGGGUUUUGCCAGAAAAGAUUUGCUCUUGCCUGUAAUCUUCGAGCUCAUUUAAAAACUCACGAAGGUGAUCUCCAGGAGCGUUGUUCUGUAUGUGCCAUGGUAUCUCCUGUCUCCGCCAAACACGGGUCUUGCUUGAACUGCUACAACAAAAGCAACGGAAUUUCCCUAAUGAAGAGACGAGCCAACCUGACAAGUGAAAAGACCGUUUCACCCAAGCCCUCGCUAUCAUCCAGUCUUACGGCUUACAGGGGUGUCGUCACGGAGAGCGAAACUUCUCGAGCGCCUCUACUGUUCGGGAUUUUGGACCAGAUGAUGUUAAAUUACCGUGAAAAAACCUGCCAGCUCUCGCCCCUCAAACUAGUUUAGAAAACAAUCCUUAGUUAUCUACAUUUGCUCAAUCUUUGUGUUUUAAUACAUUUCAGUGAACAGGCGGAAUGACGAGCGAGUUAGGCGGCCAGUGUUAUCCGUCCCUAGAAGAAAUGUAGAAGUAGCAUAACAAGAUUAUAAUACCCCUCCCCCCUUGAUUUCCCCUCGCUCUGACAUCUGCAGACGUUAUUUUUGCUAAAAUGUUAGACAGUUGUUUCCUGAACUUUUUUAAAAUACCAUGUUAGUUUGUGGGGCGCUCGUGAUCACGAUUUUUUAGGUUCUAGUUGCUGCUUUCUGUCAUACAAAACCUACAAAAAGCAUCCUCAUUUUUCCUAUAUUUGUAUUCUUGAUACACGUUUUUGUAAAGUUUUUAACUAAUUGUACAACUUUGUAUGAUUAUUAUGGCCUAAACUAAUCGACAUUAAAAUUACCUGGACGAAUCCAAACUGGAUUACAAAGUAAAAAUUGUUGCUUGUUUGAAUUCCAUGGACGAAUAAAAUCUUGUAUUAACUAAGAAGAUUACUGGAUUACAAAGUAAAAUUGUUGCUUGUGUGAAUUCCAUGGACGAAUAAAAUAUUAUAUUAAUUAAGAAGAUUACUGGAUUACAAAGUAAAAUUGUUGCUUGUGUGAAUUCCAUGGACGAAUAAAAUCUUGUAUCAAUUUAGAAGAUUACUGGAUUGCAAAGUAAAAUUAUUGCUUGUGUGAAUUCCAUGGACGAAUAAAAUCUUGUAUUAAUUAAGAAGAUUAUUGGAUUACAAAGUAAAAUUAUUGCUUGUGUGAAUUCCAUGGACGAAUAAAAUCUUGUAUUAAUUAAGAAGAUUACUGGAUUACAAAGUAAAAUUGUUGCUUGUGUGAAUUCCAUGGACGAAUAAAAUAUUAUAUUAAUUAAGAAGAUUAUUGUGUGUUUUUGUUUUUUUACUGGAGAAAAGCUACGCUUAUUCUAGUCAAGAGCUAAAUAAAGCUUUUUGUUUUA